CUCGGGGGGGCGGCGGCCGGAAGCGGUGUGGACGCUCUAGGCGGGGCGCUCGCUGCCCGGCGCGUUUCCGGCGGCUCCGGUUCCGGUUCCGGUUGCGGCGGCGGCGAUGGGCGCGCACCUGGCGCGGCGCUACCUGGGCGGCGAGGAGGAGCCGGACCCUCUGCGCAUGCCCAGCUUCCCCCCGACCCUGGGGCUGCCGCAGCGCCGCCCGCGCGAGAUGGUGGCCUCGGCGGAGCAGCUGGCGGCGGCGCGGGUGCCACUGGAGCAGCGGGACUUCUGCGGCCACCGGCUGCUGGAGCUGCUGCGGUGCCAGCGCGACGCCUUCCCCCGGGUGCCCCGCUGCCACCCCCAGCGGCACGCCUGGCAGGCCUGCCAGCACCACGACUACGUGAUGCGCAUGAAGGAGUUCGAGCGGGAGCGGCGGCUGCUGCAGCGGCGCAAGCGGCUCCUGGAGCGUCAGGCGGCCGCCGAGUGACGGGGACGCGGGGACCUCGGGGACACCGGCGCCCAAUAAACGCCGAGACCUGC